AUGCAACAUUUAAGAAACCACAAUUGGAGAUUGAAAAUCACAAUUGGUAGUUUGUCCAUACUAUGCCGCAUGCUUCCUGCUGCGCUACUCCAUGCUACAUUCUCCCUACUGUGCUGCUCCCUGCUGCAUCCUCCCUGCUGUGCUACUCUCUGCUACAUCCUCCCUGCUGUGCUACUCUCUGCUACAUCCUCCCUGCUGUGCUACUCUCUGCUGCAUCCUCUCUGCUGUGCUACUCUCUGCUGCAUCCUCUCCUCCCCUUCCAUGCUGCUACUCCUCUCCUCCCUUCCUUGCUGCUACUCCUCUCAUCCCUUCCCUGCUGCUACUCCUCUCCUCCCUUCCCUGCUGCUACUCCUCUCCUCCCUUCCCUGCUGCUACUCCUCUCCUCCCUUCCCUGCUGCUACUCCUCUCCUCCCUUCCCUGCUGCUACUCCUCUCCUCCCUUCCCUGCUGCUACUCCUCUCCUCCCUUCCUUGCUGCUACACCUCUCUUCCCUUCCUUGCUGCUACACCUCCUCCUCCCUUCCUUGAUGAUGCUCCUCUCCUCCCUUCCCUGCUGCUGCUCCUCUCCUCCCUUCUCUGCGGCUGCUCCUCUCCUCCCUUCCCUGCUGCUGCUCCUCUCCUCCCCUCCCUGCUGCUGUUCCUCUCCUCCCUUCCUACUGCUGCUCCUCUCCUCCCUUCCCCGCUGCUGCUCCUCUCCUCCCUUCCCUGCUGCUGCUCCCCUCCUCCCUUCCCUGCUGCUGCUCCUCUCCUCCCUUCCCUGCUGCUACUCCUCUCCUCCCUUCCCUGCUGCUGCUUCCUCUCCUCCCUUCUCUGCUGCUGCUCCUCUCCUCCCUUCCCUACUGCUGCUCCUCUCCUCCCUUCCCUGCUGCUCCUCCUCUCCUCCCUUCCCUGCUGCUCCCUCCUCUCCUCCUUCCCUGAUGCUACUCCUCUCCUCCCUUCCCUGA